CAGUCUUUGAUCUAAACUUCAUAACCUUUCCAAAAAAAAUAAAUUGUUGAACUUGCUUUACUCUCUGAUCUUAAACCUUUGACUCGAUACCAAUUAUGCCCAGGCUAAAGGCACAUCACAUAGACCCUGAGGCAACGCUUGAUCAGCCGCAGUAUGCCUUCUUCUUCUGUAUCAUGGGAGCCGUAUCAGCGAUUGCCUUCUCCACGCUGGGAGCUGCCUAUGGGACUGCCAAGUCGGCCAUUGGCAUCUCAUCGAUGGCUGUCAAGCAUCCGGAGCUGAUAAUGAAGUCCAUCAUUCCCGUGGUAAUGGCUGGCAUUAUAGCCAUCUAUGGACUGGUCGUGUCGGUGCUGUUGACCGGUUCGUUGGUAAAGAUGUACCCCACCUACAAGGGAUUCCUCAAUCUUGGCGCCGGUCUGGCUGUGGGUCUCUCCGGAAUGGCGGCUGGCUUUGCCAUUGGCGUCGUGGGCGAUGCUGGUGUUCGUGCAGCCGCACAGCAGCCAAAGCUGUUUGUGGGUCUAAUUUUGAUACUGAUAUUUGCCGAGGUCUUGGGUCUCUAUGGCCUGAUAGUGGCCAUUUAUUUAUUCACCAAAUGAAAUUUCAAUAAAAGUGGGACAUCUUCAGAUCCCACAAGUUCUUCGUAAGCGAGGCGUCACUUGUGUUUAUUGGUAACCGGUUUUCACAUCUGUUUCAUGAGGGUAUAACUUUUUCCUCGACAUUCUAUUUGCUCAGUUGGAUGAUCUGCUACUGCAAUGGUUGAUCAGUUUGAGUUGAGACAUUGUCGGAGACACUUCGCUUCUGGUGCUAGAAUGUUUCUUCAUUUCGUCGGCUUUUGGAUGGUGCUUGGCGUCUGUCUUUUCCACGUUCAAUCGCAAGAUAACACAACUGUUGCAAGAAACACCACAGUGGCAAGAAACACUACGAAAAUUGUGAUGGUGCGUCCACUGCACAAGAAGGAGGAUGAAAAGAAGGAUAUCAUGCACAUCGUCAUACAUAAAAUACUCCCGGGGGAUCCGUACUACAAAGUGUUCGAUGGAGACCAAGCCAAAGCACGACGCUACACCAACAUGAUCUGGCAACGUCUCCUGGAUCGUUACAAUACCAUGCUGAUAUAACUUAAGUAAUGUUUAUUGAAUGGUCGUUUACUAAGUGAUUAUAAUAAAGCUAGAGCUGAAGAUCGAA